UACUCUCAAAAUGGUUUCAUGUGGUAAGAAUGUGGUACAUGUUCUCGAGAACACGUGGGGGUGUAACAAGGUAUUAAAGAGUGCAGCGUUGCUGGAGUGGGGUAAAAGCCACGUUCAACUAAAUAAACCUAAUUCUGAAUGGAAUUAAAGCCGUGAAUGUAUUUCAGUGCCUUGAGAUAUAGAAGUAUAUUUCAGAGGGUUACAUUUAAUGAAAUAUCAAAAAAUCUAUGAAUAUGUGUGAUUAAAUGUUUUAUUUUGUUUGUUGCUUCUGAAGUUAGGAUCUGAAUGUGACUUUAAAGAAACCUGAAUUACAACUAUAUACUGAAACUUUAUAAUAUUUGCACAUAAAGAAGAAUUAAUAUAUACAUUGAGGUUUUUAGUAUUAGAAAAAUUGCCAAAAUGGAUGAAAUGUUGAAAGAUGCACGCUUUGCACAUAUUCCAAGGGACCCUGCUUUCAAGAGAAUUCCAAAACAAGAAAGAAAAGUUAAAAUUGAUAAAAGGUUUCAGUCAAUGUUUAAUGAUAAGAAAUUUAAAGUUAAGUAUACAAUAGACAAACGUGGGCGACCUAUGCGAAAUUCAUCCACUGAAAAUUUACGACGUUACUAUGAAUUAGAUUCAAGCAAUGAAUCAGGAGAAACUAGUGAUGAAGACUCUGAAGGAGAAUCUCUUAAUAAACCUGUAGUGAGAUCAAAACUAAAUAAAAAUCAGAGUAAUAAGAAAGAACAUGACGAUGCUGAUGUGAAAAUCACUGAAAGAAAAGUAGGUAAAUUGAAGAAAGAAGGUAACGUAGAGAACAAUUCUAAGAAAAUUUCAUCUCUACAAUUGAGUAGUAAUGUACAAUUAGAAAUAAGUGAAGAUGAUGAUGAAGAAGAAGAAGAUGAUAAAGAUAAUGACAGUGAUUUUGAUGGGAAGGGAAAUGACAAAUUGGAAAGUAAUAAUCAGUCUUUUGAUGAAAAGCUGCGAUCGCGUUUGCAAGAUAUGUCUGUUGACUAUGCUCGAGGGGAAGGUAUUAUCCUUUCUGACAGCUCUUCUGAUGAAGAAAGUUCAGAUGAUGAAGAAGAUGAAGAUGAUGAAGAAGCGAUUGGUUGGGGGCAGCUCGAUGAGGAUGCAGAAAGGACAGAUGAAUCAACGAAUCGUUUAGCUGUAUGUAACAUGGAUUGGGAUCGCAUUACAGCCAGGGACCUGUUGGUCCUUUUGCAUUCAUUUGUUCCUAAGGGAGGCCUCAUACUUUCAGUAACAAUAUAUCCUUCCGAGUUUGGUUUACAACGAUUAAAGGAAGAAGAAGAGAAAGGACCAUUAGAAUUAAGAGCGGAAGAUGCAGUUGUCGCAAAUAGUGAUACUGACGAAGAUGAGAAAGAGAAGAAAAAGAGAAUUCACAGAGACGAUGAUGAGGAGGAGGAGGGGAGUGAAUACCAGAGGGAAAAGCUGCGCCAGUACCAAUUAAAACGACUUCGCUACUUCUAUGCUGUGGUGGUGUGUGACAGUGUGUCCACUGCCGAUGCACUGUAUAAGGAAUGUGAUGGUAUGGAGUACGAGAGCAGUGCUUCUCAUUUGGAUUUGCGGUUCAUCCCAGAUGAUGUGACAUUUGACCAGGAACCAAAGGAGACAUGUACAGAGCUACCCAAUAUGACCAAGUAUGAACCUCAACUUUUCAUCACAACAGCUCUGCAGCAGUCGAAAGUGAGACUGACAUGGGAUGAAACUGACCCACGGCGAAACAAAAUUAAUGAGAAGAUCAAUGCUGGCAAAGUGGAAGAGAUUGAUGACCAUGAUUUGAAGGCAUACUUGGCUACAUCAAGUGAAGGGGAAUCAUCAGAGGAAGAAGAAUCACAGGAAGUGGCCAAGAAGGAAAAAAACAUGGAGAUGGAGGUGACGUGGGGCUUUGACCUGAACGAGAAGGUGAAGAAGAGGAUGAAGGAUGGGAAGGCGGAGGAGAUGACUCCUUUUCAGAAGUAUUUGGAGCGGCGCAAGGAGAAGAGGAAGGCCAAGCGGGAAGAGCAGCUCAAGAAGAAGCAGCAGCAGCGAAAGGAGCAGAAGGAGAGUGGUGAUGAGAGUGAAGAGGGCAGUGUUAGUGAAGAUGAUGUUCCUUCUGAUAUUGACAUGAAUGAUGAAUAUUUUAAAGAAGAAUUUGAAAAGGAAGAGUUUGCACAGGCUGAGAAAGCAAAGUCUAAAAAGAAGAAAAACAAGAAAAAGAAAGACGGCCAUGAAUCUGAAGAUGAGGAGUCUAAGAAAAAGAAGGCGGAACUGGAAUUGUUGCUGAUGGAUGAAGAAGACAAUAAAAAGCACUUCAGUCUCAAGGACAUUUUGAUUGAAGAUUCAGAUAGUAAAAAGAAAAAGAAGAAGAAAAACAAGAAGCAGCUAGAAGAGAAAAGUGCUGAAAAGAAAGAUGAUGAUUUUCAGAUCAAUGUGCAAGAUCAGCGUUUCUCAGCUAUUUUUACAUCUCAUCUGUAUAACAUUGACCCUGCAGAUCCUCAUUACAAGAAAACAAAAGGCAUGGAAGCCCUUCGGCAAGAGAAGUUGAGCCGCCGAACACUGGAUGAAGAGUUACCCAGAAAAAAGCAGAAAAUUGAGACUCCAGAGAAGAAAAAAGAUGCAGAAUUAUCUUUACUUGUAAAAAAUGUUAAAAGAAAAACACAGACUCUUAAAAAGUAAAAAAAAAAAAAAAAAUAAUACAAAUGUUAAAUAUUGUUUUUCUAUUGAAAAUAGAAAAAAAAUAUUAUUUACACUAUCAUAAGUGUCGUAUCCAAACUACUCAGAGCUGACCACCUGAUAACCUUUAUAUUGGGUUUUUAUUGAAGAACUAUCUGGUCAUGGUGCUUUCGGUGAAUGAACGUCAAAUCCUCAACAAAACAACUAAAAAGUGGCCAUUGUUCACACCUUGCAUUACACCACAAUAUACCUUACAAGGGAUUGUAAGUUUACUCCCCUAUUUCUUUACACAUCUGGAUUCAAAAAAACAUUUUUUGACUUUUCAUUUACCAAAAUAUUCUUCUGUAUGUGAGAAAUUUCUCUCAACAUACAUUUCUGAAACACUGUUGUUCCUUGCAUGUUGGUUUUGUUUCCUCUGCUUCAAUAAACCUCAUAAAUACUAGGAUGACGCAUUAGAAGAUCUCAGUAGCCAGAGACUCUGGCUAAUGUUUCAACCCUUCAAUGGCACUUUCCACACUUCUAUAUUUUACAAAACCGUCUUAGAAUAAACCUUUUUGCUUCAGAGCGAAUUCCACAGUACACUCACAUCACUUUCAGUAGAUGAUAGCCAACAGAAUACUGAAUUUUCAAGAAAUACAUAUGCAAGUUAACUGCAGUGGGGAAAGUGGAAAUAUUGAUAAUUAAUAUUGAAAUUAAAAUAGGACAUAUUUUUCGAUCUAGUGAAACAAAUGCCACACAUGACGAAUCAAAACUACCCUCUACUUCCCAGUUAGACCACAUGAUUCUCAAGCAAUCCUCUCCUGGUUAUAAUUGUGUUCAGAACCAGGCAGUGUUAAGCAACUCUGAUAUUUCUCUUGCCAUGUGCUGUGGUAUGUUAUGUAACCUGCUCUGAAGCAAUCACUUUCCGAGGAUUUGUUUACUUUCUUAAAGCUCGGGUUGAGUGUUGCCGCUCAUCUGACUCACAUGAAGUUUUGGAGGCGAUAAGGUUCGGCUGUGGCGAAAGUUAUGAACAUGAUAUCAAGAUGUAUUGUAGCCUGUCAGUAAGUGUUAAUGCUUUUAAAUUUAAUUUAUCUGUGAUGUAGGUGGUGUAAUGUGUGGCAACAGUGCAUUGAACUGUCAGUCGCUUACAUGAUGCCGGUACUGUAAACAGGUUAUGAGCAGACACAUUUUAUUUCUCACCUUUUUGAAUGUGUGUGCACAAGAAGGUAUGGGUUAAAAUGCUCCAUCAAAAAACAGUGCUCAUCUUUCAAUAUCUUGCCCAAUUUAAUGAGCUAAUAACAGGUGAUUUAAUUAUGUCUAAAAAAAAUUUUGUGUCACUCCAUCAUCUAAAUGUCAUAUUAUACUGUCAAUGUUAUUUGAAGUUCAUUAAAAUUGGGUCCUUAAAUUUAGGAAUAAAAGAAAUAAAUUGGGAAGGGGGGGGGGAUUAAUUCUCGCUCACGCUAAAUUUAUUUAGAGGUGGGUGCCAGGUUCUAUACCAACCUGCCUGCUGCUCCAGCUCUAGAGAUCUCAAGGGAGUGAGUCGGGAUGGUACAUAUGCUCUUAACAUACUGAUUAAAAAAAACUUUAAUUGAUGCUUUAAGUCCAUUAGAAUGGCGGAGACACGUUUACUUAAAAAAGCAAUGUGCUAUUACAUUGAAAGAUAAUUUCUUUAAAACGAAGCAAUCACUUUCUUGUCCGUAAGUGUGACAGUUUGAUUCUCAAAAGGGGCCUACUGCGACAAAAUUUGGGUUACCACCUUGGAGAGAAUCGCUCUUCGACCGUCCAGUAGCGUUGCGCACGCCAGGGAUGUGAGUUGGCGCUGCAGACCGGACGACGGGCGCGGGUUCGCGCCGGAAGGCCCUCGCUCUCGUACCGAUGUUGAAGGUGUAUUUUUACGCUGGGUCAAGCCGUCACACAACACCUACCCGCGUCGGGAUGCAAGACGCGGCAAGUAGUACAUCGUGACAAGUGAUUUUCGGUCGUUUUGACUUCCGUCCGCAAAAAGGAAUAAAUUCCGUUCCACGUAAUUACUUUGAACAAUAAUGGCGGUUGCGCAUGAUGCACCGGUUCCAAGAUGAUGGCUUUCUGGUGGAACAGAAAUUUUGCGACUUGUAAGUUGAACUUGGUAAUGCCUCCGUUCUCGAUGAAAUGUAGAAAGCGUCUGUUCUCGUUGAUGUGUAUCUACCCGACGAAGUUCAGAAAAUAGUCUUCACGCGAAGAAAUUCAGAAAGUGUCUAUCUCUAGUCCCUAGCCCUUAGUGAGCGUCGCUGGGGUCACGUGCGUACCGCCCUUUGCCGCUAUUGGUUCCCUUAGCUACUUGUAGAAUAUUCUGUGCUGUUGGUCGGGGCUCUCCUCACUCUGAGGGUUCUAAUAGGAUAUCUUUCUUUAGCUACUGUUGACGACGGGUCGCCAGGGAAACAUCCGCUGGAUGUCGCUACCGUGUGUGGAAAUUAUCACUAACCCCAAAGAAUUAGCGAGGGGGCAUUUACUAGACAAAUCUGGGUUUUCACGGCAGCGCUGGUGUCAAGUGCGCGAGGCACGGUUUGAUGAAGAUCGAGUGUCCUUUUUGGCUUUGAAGGAGACCCAGGAGAGGGGGGAGCCCCAGACUCUUUGCUGCAAGUGUGAGGGUGACCGUUACCUCACAGCUUAGCAGGUCCUGGUAGUAUGCCCCCUUUGACUUGUCACGCAGUUGUGCGUAGCUAAUGUGAAGGACAGACGGGUCGGGAGGACCAUAAGCGCGCGUGAGCUGUGGCAAAUAGCGCACGUGUGAGAUGUCAAGACGUCUCGAUAUAUAGGAUAAGUCACGUAACGUAAGCACCUUCUGUAACUUUUGAACGGUGUGAGCAUAUACAAGUGCGCCAGAGAAACUUACUUAUUUGAAAGGUCAAUAAAAACAAAAGUACUUCAGUUAUUG